AAACUAACACAUGGAGCAGGAACUGCCGGUGGACAUUUUUCGCCGAGUCGUCGGUUUUUCGACAAAUUCCCGUUCUAUAUUGGACUUGUGGAGCCUAAACGACACGGCAAGGUGUGCUAUUGAACAGGAAAUUCGGAAAUUAUCGAAAAAUGCUCCAAUUCGACUCGAUAUUCAUCGAUUUUUCCUGGAAUCCAACCCGUUUCAUCGUGAAUUUUUCGGUUUUGCCGAGAAAAUUCACAAAAAACAGCUUCACGACAAAAUUCGAGAACUCGCAAGAUUAUUGGAAAAGCUGUUGGAGAUUGGAGCCAAAUUUCAGAUUGAUAAUCUAACCGCCGCUUCCCUCGGAUUUCAAGCCGAACACGAUGAGCAACACCUUCCACGGGCUCCAUUCAUGCUUCAGAAGAAGAUGAUGCAUAUUUUGAGUAGAUUCCAUGGCAAUUCCAUCUCAAUUUCGCCUGUUUUCAUGCGCCCAUCCCGAAUGAUCAGGACAUUUCGAAAUCGAUUCGAUGAGAUCACAACGUUGGAUUUAGGAACUAUGAAAUCCCUGGCAAGUUGCCAACUCAGAUCCGUCGUCUUCCCGGCUCUUCAGAAUUUGGAAAAUCUUACAUGGAACCACGCAAAUCACCGAAUUUUACACAAAAUUCCGAAUAAAAAUCGAAUUAAAUCGCUUCAUCUCACUUGUCACCUCGUCGGACGGCCCAGAUUUCCAGAAUUUGAAGUUUUAAAGGAAUUUUCGAAUUUGGAAAAGUUUUAUCUCGGAUUUACAGUCCCGAUUAAUCCAAGCCGUAUGGAAAUGGAAGUCCUUCUGAACCUCUAUCAAUCAAUUUGGAGUCGAAAAAUGGGAAAUUUGUUGGAAAAUUUCCCGAAAAUCCGGGAAAUUGGAUUCUGGAAUUCACCGGAAAAGAUAUUCCAACAACUUUCAAAAUAUGAAAUUUCACUGGAAACUUUGAAUUUUGGAUCUCUAAAUCAAUCACUUUCAAUGUUAUGCUCAUUCGACUCGAUUUUACAGUCAUUUUUCAAAUUUGAAGAGCUCGAAAAUGCUCUGGAACCGCCGAAAAUCAAACAUCUCAAUAUGAAUCUUCACACAAUGCCGGCCGUCGGUUUGGAUUAUUAUUUGCCGAAUUUAAUGAAUCGUGUCAAUCAAUUCCCAGAUCUCCAAACAGUUUCUCUUCUGUUUAAAUGCAUUUUUCAUGCUCAAAUGACGUCAUCAUGGAGCAUGGAAUCGAAAAAAGAAAAAUCGUCGAAAAGACGUCCGAUUUUUGAAUCAACUUACACGAAAUUCCAACUUCAUAGCGAAGGAUUGUGUGGGCUCACUGACCUGGAUCGUCAACUGCCUCCAACACUUGAAUCCUGUUCAAUUUCUCUAAAUCUACCUGCCGACGGUGGCAGAAAAGUGAUCCCGUCCGUGCUGAAAUUCAUCGAAAAGCUGGGCUCAAUGAAUGAUUUUCCGGAGCUCGUCGAGUUUCAUAUUCAGAUUUUAGGUGUCAAAUGCUUUGAGACCCUCAUCCACGCCAUCGGAGAUCAUCUUGGCCCACAUCUUCACAAAGUGAGCAUCUACGCUCCACUGAACUGCACUGAAAAAUCAUUGGCCAAACGUCUAAUGUCUCGAAUCCCAGAGCUUUUCCCAAAAGCUACAGAAAUCUCGAUUUCCAUAGAUUUUUUGCGGAUUUUGCUCAAAGAGUCGGCACAAUCGUCAGCUCAAUGGCCUGAGAAGCUCACAAAAUUGGCUAGAAAACACGAAUUUAACGUGGAAAAUUGUAAAUUGACGACUGGAAGACUGCCACGUUGUGGAUCGCAAUUUGUGUGCAAAGGAGAUGAGCCCAGAGAUUUGACGGAGCUCGAGGAAGAACUGGGAAUUUCCAUUUUGGAAGAGACGCUGGAUGGAAUGAAUGUGGAAUUGCUAGAUGACGAUGACUGGAUUGUGGACGAUGAUAAUGACGAAGAUGGAGAAUGUAUUGAUGAGGAAGAAGACUAUGAUAAUACAGAAAUUGUAUAUGAAUCAGAAGAAGAUGAACUUGAUGGUCUCGAAGCGAAAUUGGAACGAGAAAGCGAUCGAAGACAUAAGAAAUGGGAGAAAAAGAAUAAAGUGAUGAUUGAUAGUGAUGAUGAGGAAGAAGAAGAAGAAAAUGAUGAUGAUAAAGAGAAUCAGGAUGAUGAUACUCAUGAUAUCGUGGAUUGGGAUAAGUUGGAUGAAUCUGAUGAGGAUGAGGAUGAGCUGAAAGAUCGGAAGCAUGGACUUUUUGAUGAUGAAGCUUCUGAAAGUGAUGGUGAAGAUGAAUUUGAAGAUGAGGAUGAGGAAGAGCCUGAAGGAGAGGAUUUGGAGGAUUCUGAUGAUGAGAGACUUUUUGAGCAUGGUCCCUCCAAAAAACGCCGAUUUGAGCAGCAGAAGCAAAAUGCGAAACGACGUUGCAUCGUGAUUUCUGAUGAUGAUGAUGAUGAUGAAGAAUAGCACUUUUUAACCAAUUCAUACACAUAUUUUAAACCAUAUUUUCAAUUAAAUUUAUCAUUUUUCUCUAGUUUUAGUGCCGUUAUCGAUUGUUUUUGUUGUCAAAUGAAUUCCAUUUUUGU